GCUCACACUUCAGUGCUUCUCAGCAAAAAGGAGGACAUAUCAACAGUGGACAUGGACCUUCUAAAGCCUUCCAUCCUGCAUGCCCUGAGUGUGAUGCUCUUGGCCUUGGUGUUGGUGAACUGCCAGACUCCAGUCAAACCAGAGGAAGAACAGGAAAUCGAGAUGGGAAAGGAUGGCGACAACGCAACAGCAACAGAGAUUGAAUGUCCUUUGGACUGCAGCUGCACAGAGGAAGCAGUGGACUGUGCGGGAGUGGACCUCACAGAGUUCCCAGAGGAGCUGUCUGAAAAAACCAUGCAGCUUUCCCUUCAGAACAACAAGAUCAGAAAAAUAACAGUGGAGCACAUUUCUCAUCUGCAUCAGCUUGAAACCCUCAACCUUCAGAACAACUGGCUCACCUCCGAUGGACUUGUAAGUAAGGCUUACAGCUAUACCAAAAACAUGCAUGUUAGGCUGAUUGGUAACUCUAAAUUGUCCCUAGCGCCAAAGGUCUUGCCACCCUCUUUGGUUAGUACUGAUCUUGCUGCCAAUCAGCUUACAAGAAUCUACCCAUACACAUUUGGCCAUAAACCAAAAUUAAGGUCUGUGUACCUCCACAACAAUAAGUUGAGUGAUGCCGGACUUCCUGAUCACAUGUUAAAUGGCUCGAACAACUUGGAGAUUCUCACCAUGUCCAGCAACUUUCUGCGGAUUGUUCCCAGCAACCUGCCCUCCAGUCUUUACCGCCUUCAUUUAAAGAGUAACAAGUUGGAGAAAAUUCCAGCUGGAGCCUUAGAUAACUUGCGAAACCUGAGAGAACUGUAUCUCCAGAACAACCUGCUCACCAAUGAGGGGAUGGACAGCGAGACUUUCAGCCAACUGAGUAGCCUCGAGUAUCUUGAUCUAUCAAAUAACAACCUGAGUGUUGUUCCCAUGGGUCUGCCUCGCAAUCUAGUGCUGCUACAUUUGGAGAAGAACUCAAUUCACAGCUUCCCUGGAGAUGCUCUCAACCCGGUCAGGAACCUUGAAUACCUGCUCCUUCACAAUAAUAAACUCCGCUCCCGUUCUAUUCAUCCAAUGGCUUUCCAGGGUUUGAAGAAGCUUCACACUCUCCACUUGUACAAUAAUUUGUUGGAACGCGUUCCCAGGGGCUUACCUCGUCGAGCUAAGACCCUAAUGCUGCUCCACAACUUUAUAUCUGAAAUUGGCCGCAAUGACCUUGCUGUGCUGUAUUCCCUGACUGAGCUAAACCUCAGUUACAACAAGUUAACCAACCCUCGGUUGCAUCACGAGGCCUUCAGGAAGUUGCGUGUGCUGGAAACUCUCGACUUAUCUGGAAAUGCCCUUCAAACUGUGCCCAUGGGUCUUCCUCGCAGUCUGCGAGUUCUGGAAAUCAAGAACAACCAGCUCAGCUCAAUACCUGCUGGUGCACUGACAGGCAUGGAGAAGUUACAAAAAUUGAUCCUCAGUGAGAAUCAACUAAAGCUCAACUCUGUCUACCAGGGAGCCUGGAUGGAGCUCAGUGCCCUCACAACACUGGACUUGUCUGGAAACCAGCUAACACACGUUCCAUCUGACCUGCCCGAGAGUUUAGAAUACCUUUACCUACAAAGCAACCGCAUCUCCAGUGUUCCUGCUUCAGCUUUUGAAAACACUCCAAACAUCAAAGGCAUCUUCCUCCGGUUUAACCGCCUGUCUGUGGACUCCGUAGACGAGAGCUCAUUUGCACAUCUGGUCAACUUGCAAGUGCUGGACUUUGGUGCAGGAAACACAGAGCUUUCCUUUAAAAGAGAGGAAGUGGAGGUUGACAAUGUAACAGAGAAGGAUUAGGAAACAGAAAACACUCCAUCAAACAGACGCUGAACU